AUGACCUGUAAGCUGGGCACUCAAAGAGUCCGGGAGCCCAAGGAUGCCCUGCAGAAGCUGCAGGAGAUGGACGCGCAGGGCCGCGUGUGGAGCCAGGACUUGCUCCUGCAGGUCAGAGAUGGCUGGCUCCAGCUGCUGGACAUUGAGACCAAGGAGGAGCUGGACUCUUACCACCUAGAAAGCAUUCAGGCCAUGGAUGUUGCACUCAACACCUGCUCCUACGAUGCCAUCCUGUCCAUCACAGUGCAGGAGUCAGGCCUGCCAGCCUCUAGCACUCUGCUCUUUCAGUGCCAGGAAGUGAAGGCAGAGAGACUAAAGGCCAGCCUGGAGAAGGCCCUGGAGGAAGAGCUAGAGCAAAGUAGACCCCGAUUUGGAGCACUUCGCCCAGGCCAGGACAGAUGGCGGGGCCCUCCUCUGGAAAGGCCACUGCCUCUAGACCAGGGGCCCCCUUCGGAGUGGGUACCCUCUCUGGACCGAGGGCUCCUUCCAGAGCAGCCCCAUAGGGUGACACCAGAGCACAGUAGGCCACCAUCCCCAAAGCCCCUGUCUCGCCAUCCCAGUGCCCAAGAACCAAGUACCUUCACUCUACCUCCUUCAAGGCAGUCCCCAUCCCUCAGGGACCCAGAGAGGGAUGAGGAGGUGUUGAACCACAUCCUAAACGACAUCGAGCUGUUCGUGGGAAAGCUAAAGGAGGCCCAGGCAAAGACCAGCAGUAAGAAGAAGAGACUGUUGAAGAAAAAGAACAAGAAUCAGGAAGGGAUACCAAAGGAACAGUACCUCGACUGCUUCCAGAAGAUCAAGCACAGCCUGAACCUCCUGGAGAAGCUGAGCAGCAGGUUGCAGGAACAGACUGCCCCUGAGCUCGUGCACAUCGUCUUCCAAACUCUGGACUUUAUCAUAGCCAGCUGCCCUGAUCCUGACCUAGCAGCCCAAGUGAACUCGCCGCUCCUCAACCCCAAAACCAUCGACCUGCUACAGUCCUGUCUGACCCCAGUGGAGAGUAACCUCUGGAAGGGGCUGGGUGUGGCCUGGACCACCACUUGGGCAGACUGGACAGGCCCAAAGCCCCUGCCCUAUACACCCACCUUCUAUGAUGGCUGGCAGCCUCCAGAGCCCUCCUCCAAUGAGGCACCCCUAGGAUACCAGGACUCCCUCAGGUAUGCCCGAGGCUUAACAGGGACCACAUGGUUAGGGAGUGUUUCACACUUUGCACAGGAGGAGACACAGAACCAUGGCCUUCAGCCCACAGACCCCAACCUCCUACCCUCCAGCUCCAGACCUGCCAAGCAAGCCCUGCAAAUGCAAGUCCUAUAUGAGUUUGAAGCUAGAAACCCACAGGAACUGACUGUGGUCCCUGGGGAUGUGCUGGAGGUUCUGGACAAGAGCAAGCGGUGGUGGCUGGUGAAGAACGGGAUGGGACAGAGUGGCUACAUUCCCAGCAACAUCCUGGAGCCCCUACAAUCAGGGGCCCAUGGGAGCCAGGGCCAGUCACCCCCUCCGGCUCCAAUGCUCCGACUUAGCUCAAAGCCUGAGGAGGUCACAGCCUGGCUGCAGGCAGAAAACUUCUCCCCUGUUACGGUGAGGACCCUUGGGUCCCUAAUGGGGAACCAGCUCCUUCGUAUGAGACCUGGGGAGCUACAGAUGCUAUGUCCACAGGACGCCCCCCGGGUCCAGGCACGGCUGGAGGCUGUCAGAAGGAAGUUAGGGAUGACUCCCUAGGCACCAGCUUAGCCACCUCCAAGACCAGGGCCCUCUCACAGGCAAGAUGGCAGAUCUGAUAUCCUUUACAGCCCCAAGAAUUCCUCUUUCAAGUCGCCAGUUUUCAGCAAACCCCACACCCCUGCUCAGACAGAGGAUGAGCAGGCCAAGAGGUCGAGCCAAAUGAUGCUCUUUCUUGCUGUGUUGGGAGCCCUCCCCAGUUGCUACCUAUUUAUUGCAUCUCUCUCCUAAGCCUGAAGCACUUGCCCCUAGGCUUGUCAGGAGCCUGCUCAGUCUUUCUCCUCAAUAAAAGCACAUGGAAGUUUAGCACA